AUGUCUUCCCCCGCCUCCUCCAGCAGUGCCCCCACCAAGUUCGUCAUGCCCGACCUCGUCUCGCAUUGUACCAUCCCUGUUCGCUGCAAUCGUCAUUGGAAGCAGGCAAGCGUCGAGUCAAAACGGUGGCUCUUCCGCGGCGGCAACCUCAGCCAGAGAAAACGCGACGCAUUCCAUGGUCUCAAGGCCGGUUACCUGACGUCCAUGUGCUAUCCCCUCGCUGGCUACCCCCAGCUCCGGGUCUCCUGCGACUUCAUGAACUACCUCUUCCACCUCGACAACAUCUCUGACGAGAUGAACGACCGCGGAACGCUCGGGACUGCAAACACAGUCCUCAACACGCUCUACAACCCCCACACGUCGCGCCCAGACAGCCGUGUCGGCAAGAUGACUAGAGACUAUUGGGUCCGGCUUAUUGCCACUGGCUCGCCAGGCGCACAGCAGCGAUUCAUCGAGACGUUCGACAUGUUCUUCCAGGCCGUCACCCAGCAGGCCAUGGAUCGGGCCAACGGCGUCAUCCCCGACCUCGAGUCGUACAUUUCCAUCCGGCGCGACACCAGCGGAUGCAAGCCCUGCUGGGCGCUGAUCGAGUACGCGAAUAACCUGGAUCUUCCGUGGGAAGUCAUGGACCACCCAAUAAUGCGUGGCCUCGGAGAGGCCGCGAACGACUUGGUCACGUGGUCGAAUGAUAUCUUCUCGUACAAUGUGGAGCAGAGCAAGGGCGACACACACAACAUGAUCGUCGUCGUCCAGGAGCAGCAGGGCCUCGACUUGCAGGGGGCCGUCGACUUUGUCGGUGAUCUCUGCAAGAGCAGCAUCGAUCGUUUCCACCUCCUCAGGGAGAACUUGCCGUCCUGGGGCCCAGAGAUCGACCGCGAGGUCGAGAUCUAUGUCGACGGGCUCGCAGACUGGAUAACGGGCAGCCUCAAGUGGUCGUUCGAAUCCGAGCGGUACUUCGGCAAGACGGGCCUCGAGGUGAAGAGGACACGUGUCGUCAACCUGCUUCCUCGUCGUGCAUGA